UGCUGACUGUUGGACUGUUCAGCCCAAGAGAAUUUUGUGAAGAAAAAAAGAGAAUAUUUUCAAACAUUUUAUUGAAGAAGAAAUAUUAUAACACAAGACAUGCAAAUGUAAAAACACAGAAACCUGUGAUCACAUCAAAUCCCACACUCCCAAAUCCAAUUUUGUGUUUGUUUCUGCUUAAAUAUUAAUUUUGACACUUCCUCUUGUGUACAGAAUGUUUUGUUGAGUUUUUUCUUUUGCUUUUCCUCUGAGGAAUUGAAUCAAAAGGUGAAAUGAAGUGUUUUUUAUGAAGCCAUAAGAGCUCAUAUCGAAGUCUCGGGAGAAGGCUAAUCCUGUGAUUCCAACCAGAAACGGACAGUGCCCCCCCGUUUUAAAGGGGCUGAUGUUUAUCCCGGGGUAAAAGGCCUCACCAUGACGACGGUGUGCGAGGUGGCAGAGAGCCCGGUGUUGUACAUCUUUCCAGUGAGCGAUUGCAGCACGGCGGUGGCUCCGAGCGGGUUGCUGUACUAGCUGACCUGCUUUGCCCCUCUCGGCCAAUAAUUUACUCGCAGAGGCAUGCUGGGUAACAGAAACCCCAGGCAGCACCGUACAGAGAGAGAGGGGCAGUCUGCCUGUGGGUAUGAGCUUAAUGUCUGUGAUUCCUCAAGAAAAAAUAUCUACGUGGAAUAAGGGCUCAUUAUUAUAACUUUUGAAUCAUGAAGAGCAACAAUAAAACCAGCAAAUGAGUUGAUAUCUACAGACUCACCGUUUUCAAGACAUUGACACUGCAAAACAUUUGUAUGAAAUCUGCAUCACGUUUGCCUCUGCAAAUCCCGCGCCACUGAGCAGCAGUGCUUCAACUGUCAAAAUCUCAAACAGACCUGUAGAUGCACUUCCAGAGGGCAUCACUUUUUACUCAAUUUUGAUUUUGAGUGGCUAGACUUGCUGUCUGACUCCAUAAAACAGUGGCUUGUGGUGGCACCACUAGAAAAACCAUGUGAUGGAACGCUAUUGUAGAGGCACCUGGAAAAGACUUCUUCAAUUUCAGUCCAGUGAGAUAAAUGUUUAAAUCUGCUUCCUCAAUGCUAUUGUGUUUGACGUGUGCAAUACACGGGAAACCCAGUUAGGUUUUCAAGGUGGGCGUGAGCGGUUUGCCAUGGCGACGCAGCAGCUGCCCCUCUCCCAGGAGGUCCUGGCCCAGUUCGACCACGCCCAGUCCGGCGAAGCGGGAGCGUUGCUGCGGCGACGGAAGGGGUCCGUCUCCACCCGUCGCAGCUCCCAGUCCGUGGACCCGCUCCACGCCAGGCCCCUCCCGCAACUGCUCAUCAGGGGCCCCGAGGCCGGCGCGGGGCCCCCCGGCCCUUCCUCGCGCAGGAACUCCGUCUUCAGCGUCCCCAGCUCCCCGUUCCCCCGCAGGGAGUCCCUCGCCCUGGGCCGGCGACUCUCGGUCGCAGCCUGGGCCCCCAGCAGGCAGGUCAGCUUUUCGGGCCUGCCCCUCCCGCAGCCCGCGCGCGAGACCUGUCUGGAGAACACCUACCGGACCGGGCCGGACCAGGGCUGCAGGUUCGACGCCGAGCGGGUCCAGCGGGUCGUGCAGGACGCCCUGGACGGCUACCUGGGCGACGCCCGCUACAACGCGGCCACCGCUGGCCCGCUGAGCCAGAACCUCUCCGAUCUGGUCCGGGGGAAAGCUAGGGACGUGACCCCCAGGCGCUACAAGCUGGCCUGCCUGGUCGUCCUGGGCCAGUCCGGCACCCAGGGCCUGCAGGUGGCUAGCAGGUGCCUGUGGGACACGGAGAGCGACAACAGUGCCGUGGCGGUUUUCCGAAACCCCUCCCUAUUCGCCGUUGCCGUGGUGCACGGAGUGUACUGCGAGUAAUAAGUCUUUAGAUUUCCCGCUUUUUUUCGUUUCUCUAAUGAGACAACUCCGAGAACGUGGUACCUAAAUUAGACUACAUAUUAAAUCAGGGAAGUGGGUUCAGGUGACAGGCGGAGAGAAACCUGAAUUCACAGGGUGAAGCACAAACCUGGUACCAGCUAGAGUCUCCGAUGAUUGCUUGUAUGGUACGCUGGAAUGCACCGCUAUUUCAGGGGUGUCUGAAUGAAACCCUCAAGGACCCAUAAUUCCCCAGCACUUGGCCGUUACCUCUAACAAGCAAGGCUGGAUUUGCAGUAAAGUGAACUGGACCGUGAAGAAAAAUACCCUACGCAUGGGAUCAUAGAAAAAUCCCCACUUCCAAAGGCACAGAAAUUCAUUGUAUUCCAUUCUGGAAUUAAAUGCAUGCAUAGUUACCCCGGAAAUGCAGAGCAAUGUGUAUACAGUAGAAACUUUUAUUUGGCAUGACCUUGGUAAUUACAUUUCUGACAUGUGACUAUGUUGCCUGGAAAUGGGAAAUUUGAGAAAAUAAACCACUUCCUGCUUCAGUU